AUGGUUUAUUAUUCUUUUAUUUUUUUAAAUUAUUCUUCGGCAUCUCUUGUUAAUGGAAUUGUUACAAUAUCUUGGUCACCGUCUGAACCAGCUCCAAUAAUUGAUCGCUUUUUAACAAACAAUAUCGUAAUUCAAUUAAAAAUUCUUUAUCGUGAAUCAACAUCAAAUGCCAAUACAAAUAUUGAAAUUCGUGGUCGAAUUGGUCAUGUUAUUGGAUGUUUACCAUUACAAUCCGAUGUAUUAUUAAGUGCAACACAAGAAGAUAAAAAUGCACCAAGAAAUAGUUAUCAAAUAGAAGUAUCACCAUCAAAAGCUAUUAAAUUAAGAGAAAAACAAACACAAAUAAAUAAAAAUAAAAAAACUCGCCGUGCAACUGAUGAAAAAUUAUCACCAUUAGUUAAUGGUUUACGUUCAAGUACAGGAACAUUAUUAACAUCGGGUAAUGGAUAUUAUCUUAUCGAAAUUUAUCCACCGAAAAUAAUUGGCUCUGAUAGUCGUGCACUUUAUGUUGAUGUUGAUGUUGAUGUUGUUAGAUCAAUGAAAAAUAAAUAUGGACACUAUAUUACAGCUGAUGAAUAUCCAUCAUUAGUUUUUUUAUAUUCAUUAUGCAAUUGUAAAACAGCAGAAAUUCUUUCAUGUUUAAAAUGUACUAUAUCACGUAUGCUUGUUAUUAUUAUUGCCAUUGAUUAUGGAAUUGUUAAAUCACGUUUGGGACCAUUAAAACAAACAGUUCUUGGUAUGGGAAUAUUAUUUUAUAUUGAAGAUGUAUUUUGGCAUAUUUUACUUUCAAUAAUUCUUCUUGUUAUUAUGUUUUUAUUUCGUCCAUCAAAUAAUAAUCAACGUUAUGCUUUUGUUCCAUUACUCGAUCAAUCAGAUAAUGAUGAUGAUGCAUUUGGGGAAGGAGAUGAAGAAUAA